GGAUCCUCUACCUUUGACUUUUAACUUGUGAGGGGAAAAUAAGAAAACAUUGUUUUUGCAUUUCUAAACUUUACAACAACAACAACAAAUCUCAAUCCCAUCUCUUUGCAUAUUUCAGCAUCUCACAAGAAUAUCGCAAUUAUGGCCGAUAAGAAGGAAGAACCCCAAGAGAUUGAUUACUCUCUCAACAACCCCGACACCCUCACCAAAUACAAGAAUGCUGCUACAAUCUCCCAAAAGGUUUUGAAGGAUGUUACUGCCUUGUGUGUGGCUGGUGAGAAAAUUGUGACCAUUUGCGAGAAGGGUGACAAGCUUCUCGAGGAAGAGAUCGCAAAGGUUUACCGAGGAAAGAAGAUGGUCAAGGGUAUUGCCCAUCCAACCACCGUUUCUCCUUCAGCUUUCGUAACACCUUAUACCCCUCUUACCUCGGACGAAGCCGAAGCAAGCGUUGUUCUCAAAGAAGGCGAAGCUAUCAAGAUUCAACUCGGUGCACAAAUCGAUGGAUUUGGAACAAUUGUUUGUGAUACCAUUGUCAUUCCUUCUGCCGACCACGCAAACGGAGAGAUCAGUGGAAGAGAUGCGGACCUUUUGUUGGCGACACACUACGCAAACGAGCUUUUGUUACGUUUAAUGGUUCCCCCUGGAUUGGUUCCAGUUGGUACAGAGGAGGAGCAAAAGAAGGCAGCAGCUAUCAAAGCUCCUACUCAAGCUAAGAUUACCAGCUUACUCGAGAAGUUGGUUAAGAGUUACGACUGUAACUUGGUCGAGCACACCACCUCUUGGCAAUUCGAGCGCAACGAAAUUGAAGGAAAGAAGAAGAUCAUUCUUGCUCCAGGAGACGGUACAAGAGGUGAUGGUACCCCAGAUGUUGGCGAGGUUUGGGGUGUCGAGAUGGGCGUUUCUCUUGGCUCUGGAAAGAUUAAGAACUUCGAGAACAGAACCACUCUUCAUCGUCGUACCAACCUUACAUACGCCUUGAAGCGACCAAGUUCCAGAGCGAUUAUGAAUGAGGUUGUGAAGAAGUUCGGCACCUUCCCAUUCAGUUUGAGACAAUUAGAAUCCGAACGGGAUGCUAAGGUCGGUGUUGUCGAGUGUGUACGUGGAAACGUUUUCAGACAAUACGAAGUUGUUGGAGACAAGGACAGCGAGGCAGUCGGAAGAUUAUUGACCACAAUUGCAAUUACCAAAAACGGUUUACAAAAGAUUGCCUCGCCACCCGAGCCAGAUCUUAGCAAGUUCAAGACUGAUAAGAAGAUCACCGACGAAGAGAUCCUUAAGAUUUUGGAGCAACCUUUGGCCAAGGAUAAGAAGAAGAAGGCUGCUAAGAAGCCUGCUGCAACAGAGUAAAUAGGUAGAUCGAGAACGCGCACGUGAUGGGACAGAGGUGACAAUUGAAUCAAUUGAAAGUUACCAAACGAUGUGUUUCAUGAAUUACUUUGAAUGUCUGCUCUUCUCAUAUUUACGUAUCUUGCUGCCGACACUGCUUCAUAAAGGCUUGUCAAGCAUUUCACUGUUCUUACCUCAUUCAUUGUUGUCAUUGGGAAGAGCGAGUGAUGUUAUGUUGUAACUCGGGUCUGCAUCCCAUAGGAAGAUUCAUCAGGCAGUUGGAAACUUCUCAAACCCAGAGAUAUGCAGCAAUUAUAUGAGUAUCGAAAUAACGGUGCAAGUGAAUUCAAUC